GACACUAACUGAACAGCCGGGGUAUAGAAUGUCUGCUUCUUAUUUCUUAUUCUCAAAAAGAAAAAAAAAAAGAAAAAAUGGUAUCUCUACCACAUAUUACGGCGAUUUCACCCAACCGGUCUCUCCUCCGCUCAUUUAACCGGCCGGUUUACACUCGCCGCCAUGACCAACGCAAAGAGAGGACGACGAUGUCUUUAUCAUCGUCCCUGACGACGGCGAAGCGAGUGGUUCUGGUGAGGCACGGGCAGAGCACGUGGAACGAAGAAGGUAGGAUCCAAGGGAGCUCCGACUUCUCCGUCUUGACGAACAAAGGCGAGUCUCAAGCCGACAUUUCUCGCCAGAUGCUCAUCGAAGACUCCUUCGAUGUCUGCUUCACCAGUCCAUUGAAGAGAUCAAAGAAAACAGCUGAGAUCAUAUGGGGAAGUCGUGAAGCUGAGAUGAUAUUCAAUUACGAUCUCAGAGAAAUCGAUCUUUACUCUUUUCAAGGUCUACUUAAGAAAGAAGGUAAAUCAAAGUUUGGUGAAGCCUUUAGGCAAUGGCAAGAAGAUCCUGCGAACUUCGUAAUCGAUGGACAUUAUCCUGUAAGAGAGUUGUGGUCACGUGCUCGAAGCUGCUGGAACGGUGUUCUUGCUCAUGAGAGCAACUCUGUUCUUGUUGUUGCUCAUAAUGCUGUUAACCAGGCUCUUGUGUCUACAGCCAUUGGUCUUGGAACAGAGUAUUUUAGGAGGCUGUUGCAGAGCAAUUGCGGUGUAAGUGUACUGGAUUUUACACCAAGAGCUGACGGUGGAUCUCCUCAUGUGUGUCUUAAUCGGCUAAAUCAGACACCUAGUUCGCCUUUAGCUGGUGGAAGUUCUGGUGGGAAGAAAGCUAGUAAGCAGAUCAUACUUGUCUGUCAUGGUCAGAGUGAUAAUGAGCAGGCUAGUACUAAUGAUCAGCCAAUGAACAUGCUUGGUGUGAUACAGUCGCAGAAAACCGCAGAGCUUCUUCUUGAUCUAAGGGUUACUUCAAUAGUCUGUAGCUCCACAACAGCCUCCAUUGAGGCUGCUGGAGUUAUAUCCCGGGUGCAAGAAGCUGCGGGUUGUUUAGGUGUAGAUAGUGUACCUCGCUAUGUAAACACGAAACAAAUGAAUGAGCUUGAUGUUGAGGACGUAAUUCUCAAAUCCAAUAAGGACACCCAACGUGGUUGGCUAAGUCAGUUGGACGAAGAAACGGUUUCAACUCUAUGGAACAGAUCCAAGAAAGCCUGGAAAUCACUCUUAGACAAACUAUCGAACGAGGACACAGGAGAUGCGAUGGUGGUGGUUGGUUCCUCAGUGGCUCACAUAUCACUCAUAGCACAAUGCCUUAACCUGGAGAAAAAAUGUCCCGGGUUGUUCCACCUAGACGCAGGCAGCAUUAGCGUCAUAGAUUUUCCGGAUGGUCCUAUCCAAAGAGGAGUGAUCCGUUGCACAAACUACACUGCUCAUCUUGGAAGAUGGUCUGUCCCCAUCACAAGACCUGUCUGAAGAGUGAACAGUUUCUUUGUAUCUCACAAGUUUUAGUCACUUAUUAUUACAUAAAAACAGUUUGUAAAAUCCGACAACACCGUCCCUUACAAGUCCUUUUUUUUGAUAAAAUUAAAAAGGCUGCUGGGAACCCAAUCAAUAUAAUUAGUACUUCCAAA